AUGAAGCCAGUGGCUCUUCUUCGUCCUCUCUCCACCUCAUCAUUUCCUUCACGCCCUCGCUACUGUCUUCCAAAACGCGGUGUUUUCACAAAUUUUCAAGUCUCAUGCUCCUCUCUUAGCACAGAAUCGCCGGUAAAAGCGGAAGACACCGCUCCAAGGUCGGACUACAAGUAUCAAUUCUAUGAUGACUGGUUUCUCACUCUAUUUCGUAACAAAAUGGUGAAGGAAGUUGGAUGGGAUUCAGAGAAGGCAGGAUAUGAUGGGUUGAUUGAAGUAGCAAAUCGUCUCAUGUUGACCGGCAAGACCAAUUCUGACACUAAAGAUGCAGCGGUUAGGAUAUUGAGGUCGUUGUUUCCUCCAUUUUUGUUGCAUCUGUAUAAAUUGCUGGUGUCACCUAUAGCUGGAGGAAAAGUAGCUGCUCUGAUGGUUGCAAGAGUGACUGUAAUCACUUGUCAGUGGCUCAUGGGUGUAUGCAAGGUUAAUUCUGUUGAUCUUCCUGAUGGAACCUCGUGGGAGAGUGGGGUUUUUGUAGAAAGAUGCAAGUAUUUAGAAGAAAGCAAAUGUGUAGGAGUUUGUGUCAAUACGUGCAAGCUUCCGACUCAGACUCUUUUCAAGGAUUACAUGGGGAUUCCCUUACUGAUGGAACCAAAUUUCAAAGAUUAUAGCUGUCAGUUCAAAUUUGGGGUCCUUCCUUCACUGCCUGAAGAUGACAGCACUCUUAAGGAGCCUUGCCUGGAGAUAUGCCCAAUUGCAAGCAAAAGAAGGGAAGUUGCUCAAAAUAUGGAAGUAGUGCGAUGUCCAAAGGCAUAG